AUGAACUGCCCUGACGGUUUAGGGGGGAUCCAGUUGAUCCGUAGAGUUACACGCCAUUGUUCCGGAAUAUACACGUGCACGGCAAGCAAUGGCGUGGGACGACCGGCUGUCAAGUACUUCAGGAUCUUUGUGGCUUUUCCUCCAAAGGUGAAGGUCGUCAAUAGAAAGAUCAGCCAAUCAAGAGGCAGGGAGACAAUAUUGGAGUGCAGGGUUUUCGCCUACCCACAAGCAACUGCAGUUUGGGAGAAGAAUGGCGAAACGAUCUCGAACACGAGGAUGCGAAGCGUCGAACUUUAUUACGGGAGCUCGGAGACCAUUUCGUCCCUGAAAUUCCCCGAGAACCUUGGACAAGAAAAUUCAGCGUUUGAAUCCAACUAUCCGGAUAUGGACGCGGGACCGAAUUUGUCCGCCACGGGACCGAAUUCACUCCCACUGGAUUCGAAACUGUCCACAACGUAUUACGUAACGUUGAGUUUAAGGAUUAUGAUCAUUGGAGAGAAUGAUUACGGAUUGUAUACUUGCUCGGCUAAGAACCAGUUGGGACAGGAUGCCGAUACUACACUCUUAUAUGGUUGGGUCAGGGUUGGGGCUCAAAUGAAAAAGAAAUAUUCGCCAUCAUCAUCAUCUUCGCCAUCAUCGUCAUCACUAUCUCUAAAAUUAACGAGAAAAGACAAAACACACCUUCAUAACGGCCGGCCGGAAGUGGAAUUAGUUUUGAAUUCAAGGAAGCAAGAUGGCAGACGCGGCGAUAAUGGAGCUAGUGGCAUCCGAAGAGACAUGGCAUUUCAAUUAGGAUCCGGUUACAUAUGA